AGGAGUGCUGGCAUAACCAUCAGCUUCCUGGAUGGAAACAUAACACAGUCAUACACGGGACACGCACAACAGCUACGAGCAGGACAUUUAAACGUGGUUGUCGUGUUUCUGUGAGCGUGGGCAGUGUCGUGAAAGGGCAGACUGUAUCGACAACACACGUGUGCGUGUGUGUGUGAGAGUGUGUGUGUGUGAACUGCGGCUGUGGCUUUGGAUUCAGGAAGCUCCUACAAGCUGUGGUCCAGCACAGACAAGGAAUAUGGAGGCUGUAGCCAUUCUCUGUCCUGAGCAGAAGGACUAGGAGCAGCCUGAUUCCUUCUUGCUUCCUUCCCCGCCUGCCUCGCCCCCCUCAUGGCCAGCGGGAGUCCCACCCUGAGCCCGGAAGCCAGGGAUUCAGAACCUGGGACCCCUAAGGCAGGCAUUGACUCCCAGCCAGGGCGUGAGGUCUUCUGCAAGCUGUGUCUCAGUGAGCAGCCAUCUGCAGCCUCCAACCAGCUGCAGAGCUGCGACUGCAGCUUCUGCACAGCUUGUUUGCAGCAGUAUGUUGUGCUUGCCAUCAUGGAGGGCGGGGGGGCACCCAUCACCUGCCCAGACAUGGCCUGCCAAAAGUCUGGCGUGCUGUUGGACUCUGAGAUAUCCAGCCUUGCUGCAGCUGAUCAGGUGGAGCUUUUUCAGAGGCUGAAGUUUGAGAGAGGGGUGAAGUUGGACCCCAGUAAAGCCUGGUGCCCAGUGAUCGACUGCCAGGCGGUGUGCAGUGUGGAGCCCAACACUGAGGGCCAGCCCACGGCCGUGUCCUGCCUCACCUGUCACACCGUCUUCUGCUCUGGGUGCAGAGGGCUCUGGCAGGACAGCCAUACCUGCCCUGAACGCCAGCCCAUGAUGUCAACCUCACCCCCUACUGAAAGCAGGGCCCGCUCCGACAGCCACUCCGACACGCCCAUCAAACAGUGUCCCAUGUGUGGUAUCUACAUUGAGAGGAACCAGGGCUGUGCUCAGAUGCUGUGUAAGAGCUGCAAACACACCUUCUGCUGGUACUGUCUGCAGAAUCUGGACGGUGACAUCUUCCUGAGACAUUAUGACAAGGGGCCGUGCAGAAACAAGCUGGGACACUCCAGGGCAUCUGUGAUGUGGAACAGAACACAGAUCAGCAGAGAGGCAUGUGGCUCGCUGAAUGAUGAUGGGACAGCUGACUCUCAUAAUCGGGCCCCGUCCUCGAGGGCGGAAUCAUGUUCAAACUGUACGGAGCCACAUGAUAGGGAGAAGACAAGAAAGUCUGGACAGUCAGUCCUUGGAAAAGGACUGCUACAUCCUUCUUUGACAUAAAUUAAAUGGGUCAAAGACACAAAGCACACGGGGUGAGACAUGGGACCAUAACAGCUGCAUAAAAGUCAGACGAGGCCUCCUUUGUAGGAGACAUUUGGAGACGGUGUAGACUGUGUAGGAUGAAUUAUAUUUAGAGCAGGUCUACAUAGCCUGUCUCACCCUUAAUGAUGUGUUUUAGUCUGUUUUGAGCCACUGCACUGACUGUCGCUCAUCCUGUGCCACAUAAAUUUAAACUGUCGUGCAUAACCUUUAAAUAUAAACACAUGUAUUCAAACUACUGUCAAAUGAGUUCACACAAUGCUAAUUAAGCCUAUCAGCUCCACAUGACUCUCUCUGUGUUUCUCAGGAUAGCAGUGUUUGGAUAUUGUGAUUCAUUCUUAGUGUCAAAGACAAAGGGAGAAAACGGUAAAGUGACAUGGAUGCAAACAGGGCAGAGUAUGACUGAAAACCCAUGUAAAAGCAGGGAUAAAUGCUUCUUGCCUCCACCUGUUUCUGUUUGCUAACAGUGACUUUGUUUUCCACCAUUGUGCCCAAAUAAUACUUUAUCAGACACUAAGCUAAACUAAUCUCCUCACUAAUCUCAAAUUCCUGCCCUCUAAUGACGGUGGCCAUUCAGCAAAACAAAUACCAAACUCACCUCCUUUCUACUUUUCCUUGUUCAAAGGUCAUUAACUCAUGACUUGCAUCGAGUUUGCACUGAACCUCCUCAUUGUGGGUCGUGUGCCGAGUUGAAGUACAACAGUGCUUUUGUCCCUUUAAAACAGGUCAGAGCAGACGAGGUUACACCUUUGCCCUAUAGGUCUGGUACAGUUUGGUCAUCACAAAUUCUUUUUGUCAUACUUAAGUUAAGACUGCAUAGCCAAAAGUAUGUUAACAGAUAAAUUACAGCAGGGCUUUUAGUGUAUAUGCUAAAACAUUUGUCAAAUGUUUUUCUGCAAUAAAUUGUCAUUAUUGACGUUGACAUUUUAGUUUUUUUCCCACAAAGGUCGGAUGCUGCCGAGGUCAGUGCUUUACACAGGUCCCAGUUCUUCCACUUAAAGCGUGUGACCGUUAAAUACUGUAUAAACAAAGGUCUUUUACGUUCAAAUGAGUUCACACAUGGCUGAUCAAGCCUAUCAGCUCCCUGUGUUUCUCAGUGCGGCAUUCCUGCGCUGCCCACAGAGUGACUCAUUUUACGUCACCACACGUCGCAGUUUCACACAGCAGCGAUGUGAGUCAAAACACCACAAGAAGCCCCCAUGAAAAGAAAUCACUACAUUUUCCAAAUAAAACAAAAAACUGUGUGGGAGUCUGUAUUUGGUAAUUGUUAGUACAAAUAAUUGAUUUGUACUAAUGUUGUUGUGUUG